AAUGUUUUACGUACAGCAGGAUAUGAAAAUAGCUGUGCUUCUUGAAUCAUUUAGUUUUUAAAUCUUGCCAUAUACGGUCUACUUUAAGAAUACCAAUUGAUUUGUCUGUACGUUCAGGCGACCUGUUAUCAUGAAAACAUUUAUAUUUCUUCUCAUAUGUGUGAUAAUUGAGAUAAACUGUCAGGAAUCAAGCGUGUUCAUCAUUGGAUCAAAAUACAUCAGGCCCAAACAACCAUUCAUCGUGGCGCUCGCCAAUCCGAUCGACGCAAAUGUGAAACUGAACCUUACUUUACAGUGUGAUGAUGAAAGUAAUUUCUCGAAAAGUGCAACUGUACAACUGAAUCGCCAAUCGAUGAAACGCCAUCGCUUCGAAGUUCCGGAUAUAGCCAACAGUGAUUGUUUGUUCUCUGCCGUUAAUGAUGGUGGCCGAAUUAUGGUGAACCAUGCAAUCCAGUUGCUGUAUCCGAAGACCUUUUUUUCUUUCUUCAUUAUAACGGACAAACCGAUCUACAAGCCGGGCGACGAAAUUCGCAUCCAAGUUGUUGUUGUGGACAUGGCAUUAAGGCCGGCAAAAGACCUUAAACACAUCUCGGUCAGUUUGAAUGACUGCAAUGGACAAUCUAAGAGACAGUGGAGAUACGCCAAGCUUGAAAAUGGGAUUUUCCAAACGUCUUAUUGGUUGACGGCGAUGCCAGCACUGGGCAUGUGGAACAUCACGGUGAAAGAUUAUGGAAACCUAGAUGUCGUCAAGCAUGAAAAAACGCUGGAAAUUGAAGUUCGUGAGUACGUUUUGCCAAAGUUUGUCAUCAAAGUUGCACCUUCCCGUACUUUGCUGAUUUCUGAACAAUCAAUCAGCCUGGAUGUCGCAUCACACUAUACUUUUGGAGGGCCAGUACGUGGACGAAUUCGAGUAGAACUGUAUGCAGAUCAACAGUUUCCCAACAAAGCAAGUGAUAUCAAGGAAAAUCAAUUCGACAGUAGCUCCUCUUUUACGUUUGGGUUGAAGGAGGAGCUGCUGCCAGAAGAAUACCAGGAUUAUGCUCUGGUGAAGGUCGUUAUAUCGUUGACAGAAACAUUUUCCAAUAUGAAGGCGGUUGUAAUCAAACAGAUACCCGUAUUCAAAUAUCCGUACAAAAUCAAGCUUGUGAAGCCUGCAAUGUAUUACCGUCCCGGGGCAAAAUAUUUCUGUAAAGUAUCCGUCAAAGACCACAGCGGAAUUCCGCUCAAGCCAUGGGGCCUCGAGGGCCAAAGCAUAAAACUGAAAACAGAUACGAGUGAGCAAUACGAGAAAGCGCGCCUAAACAAGCAAGGAAUCGCGUACUUCACUCUUCAGAUGCCCGAUGAACUAUCGACAGUCUCGAUAUCGGCAGAAUUUGACGACGUAGAGUAUGAUGAUUUGGGAUACGUCGAAGGCUUAAAAGAUGUAGCAAUUCAAUAUCUGCAAGUUAAUACAAGCGAUAGGAUCAUUACUGGGAACAUUGUUAAUUUCAACGUUAACUCAAACGAGCGGUUCACCGAACUCUAUUACUUUGUUGUAUCACGUGGAAGCAUUGUGUUUGCUGGGCAUAACAAGUUUGACAAGACGACCAGCUUCACGAUCAAGUUUAAGCUUUCGGCGGAUAUGGCCCCGCACGCGAAAUUACUUGUCUACACGAUGCAACAUGGCCAGCUGAUAAUGGAUUUCAUUGAAAUGGAUUUUGAAUCGUUCGAGAACGAGUUUGAGUUCACACUGGAUGAAAAGAAUGGAAUGUAUCGACCUGAUCAGGACCUAUACAUUGAUAUUAAAGCGGCUCCCGAUUCGUACAUUGCCUUUCAGGCAAUUGAUCAAGGGACCCUCUUGCUGGGACACGACAAAUUUGGCCUAACGCGGGACGAAGUGUUAGACGAAUUGGAAAAGUACGUUAGUGAGGAUAGCAAUGACUUGGAUAUAAUACAUUCGUACGGUCUGUUUUCGAGGUUUGGUGAAGAAACUAACAAAGUUGGAUCGAGACGCAUGAGACGAUAUAUCCCACGAGCCACAACCAAAGGCAUAGUGAUUAGAAAUAGUUUUCCGGAAGCAUGGCUGUGGAAAAACUACACUAUGGAAAACAAACCAGAGCGAACUAUAUCGGCUGUGGUACCCGGUACAUUCACCUCGUGGUAUGUUACCGGGUUUGCCCUCAGCCCUAGUCGAGGUUUAGGGUUGAUGAGCGCUCCGGAGAGAUUAACGGUUGGAGAUCAGUUCUACAUUGUUGCAAAUCUUCCGUAUUCUAUAAAACGAGGUGAGGUUUCGCUGAUACAGGUUACGAUUUUCAACUUUAUGGACAAUUCGCUAACGACAGAGGUCACCUUAUUUAACCAAAACGAUGAAAUCGACUUCGUAGAUAAUCCGGACAAGAAGGAGAAAUGGCGCAAGAAAGCAAUAUUUGUGCCCACACACCAGCCGAAAUCAAUUUCAUUCUUGAUUAAAGCCAAAAAGCUUGGUAAUAUCGCCAUCAAAAUCGAGGCAGUCAACGAGCUAACCUCGGAUGCGUUAGAGCACAUGCUUCGCGUUACUCCGGAGAGUCGACUAUACACAACAACGGUGGCUAAUUUUAUCAACCUUCCUUCCCACGGUUUCCAGACAUUCGAUGUAAACAUUGGCAUAUCUAGGAAUGCCGAUCCUGGUUCCACUAAAAUUGAAGUUUUCGUAGAUCCAUAUUUCCUGGCAUCGACUGCGCUGAACUUGAAUUCAAUGUUUAAAAUACCAUACGGCGGCGCAAAUUUGAAUCUACUAACAUUCAUUCCAAAUGUUGUUGUGCUGGAUUAUCUGACGGAAACAGAGACGGAAGCUCCAGAAAUUAUGCAGAAGGCAAGGGACUAUCUUUCCAGUGGCUACCAAAAUCAGUUGAGCUACAAAUAUGCGGACGGAGGUUUCGGACAAUGGAAACCUCAAAAAGGCAAAUCUAGCCUGUUUCUGACAGCACUGGUUGGAAGCAGUUUCAUUACGGCAUCCAAGCAUAUUACGAUCAAAAACGCAGAAAUAAUCCGUACAUUUUCCUGGAUUUCCGGCAAGCAGAAGCCGGAUGGAUGCUUCAAAGAAGAAGAAGGCACUGAAAUAGUUUACGCACCUAUGCAAGACGGAUCAUCGUCCGUUGCUCUGACAGCGUUUAUUGUGGCUGCUGUUAAGGAAAAUAAUAAUAUCGCAAGUCAGUUCACUGCAUUGUUAGAAAAGGGAGAAAAAUGUGUGGCUGAUAACUUUUACAAACUCACGAAAAUCCACGACAUAGCCUUGGCAACCUAUGCACUGUCGUUGACAAACCAUAAAAAUCGCGAGAACUUCCUAAAUACACUUGUCACGGAUUCUAUCAGGGACGAUACUGGGCGACACUGGGAUGGUGGUGAGAUGAGCGUUGAAAUAGCAGGAUAUGCGCUUCUGAGUUAUCUGGCACAGGAUCGUAUGGUCGAUGCCAUUCCCAUCAUGGAGUGGUUGAACAAGCAACGAUAUUCCUCAGGUGAAUUUAAAGGUGUUCACAGUUCAUUUGUUGCUCUCAAAGCGCUCGGAAAGAUGGCUUCAUAUCUCACUGGUAGAAGUAAUGAAUACAGCGUGCACAUAAAAUAUGGCGAUCAUAUAGAAAGAUUUGAUGUACCGAACUCUAAUUCUUUGAGUGCGAUAUCUCAUGAACUUCCUGAUAAUGUUCGCAAAUGUAACCUCACUUUUACGGGAAUUGGUUUUGGUUUCGUUCAGCUGACCUAUCAAUACAACAUGAACAUCCAGCUGGCGGCACAAAGCUUCAAUCUCGACGUGAACGUGCUGAACCCCGGUGACUACAAUGUUCUGAAUCUGAAGAUUUGCAUGAGCUAUAUACAGAAAGAAUCCCAUACAACAUCUGGGGUAACUUUGGUUGAGGUGCAUGUCCCGAGUGGGCUUGUGUUCAACGAAAAUGCGGUAAAAGAGUCCACUACAAGAAUAAGGAACAUCGAAAGAGUGUUUGAUAAUACUGCGAUAUUUGUAUACUACAAUGCGUUGGAUACCAGUCAGGUUUGCUUUGAAGCUACUGCACAUCGGAAGUACAAGAUUGCCUUGCACAGACCGUCAUACGUUGUGGUUUACGACACCAAUAAUAUGGCAAGUUUCGCGAUAAAGACCUACGAAGGCACCGUUGCACAAUUAUGCGAAAUUUGUGACGUUGAAGAUUGCAAAUCAAUGCGUUGCUAGGUUCCGACAAACUGUCAAAUACAGUGAAAGCGAGCAUUAUUUAAAAUAAAUCGA